AUAAAGCACGAUAAGCCCCAGCUUGCGGUUUAGGGCGCAAAAGAAGAAACGAAGCCGUAGCAGAGGGCUCCUCCUUGUCCGAGCAAACUUAUCUCUAUUUUCCUUUCAAGUGUAGAAAGAUGGAUCGGUACCAGAGAGUGGAGAAGCCGAGAGCAGAUGCACCAAUUGACGAGAACGAGAUUCGAAUUACUAGUCAAGGAAGGAUGCGUAGCUAUAUCUCUUAUGCCAUGAGUCUGCUUCAAGAAAAGGGCUCAAAUGAAAUUGUAUUCAAGGCGAUGGGAAGAGCCAUCAACAAGACCGUGACCAUCGUGGAGUUAAUUAAGAGAAGAAUUGUUGGUCUCCAUCAAAUCACGUCGAUUGGAUCCACGGACAUAACAGAUACAUGGGAACCUCUUGAGGAAGGCCUCCUUCCAUUGGAAACCACAAGGCAUGUUUCAAUGAUCACAAUAACCCUUUCCAUGAAGGAACUGAAUACAUCUUCUGUUGGGUAUCAGCUCCCAUUACUUGCUGAGCAGGUGAAGGCAUUCACGGAUUUUGAGUAUGAAGGAGAUGGUUCACCUAGCGGCCGUGGUAGGGGAUGGGGUGGUAGAGGAAGGGCAAGGAGUAGAGGGAAUGGAUUUGUGUAUGCUGAGCAUGAGGAUGGGGGUUGGGAUCGCAACCGGGGCUUUCCCAGGGGCAGGGGUCGAGGCAGAGGACGUGGAUUCCGUGGCCGUGGAAGGGGAGGAUUUAAUGCACCUCAUGCUGAUACACAACAAGAUGGCGGUUAUAAUUAUGACGCUCCUCCACAAGGCCGUGGUCGUGGCCGUGGGAGGGGGAAUCGUGGAAAGGGCCGAGGAUUUAGAUCUAAUGGGCCGAUCCCUGCAGCCGCAUAAGAUGCUCAUUUUUGGCUUUGUUUAGAAUCGAGUGCAGAUGUUAGUGUUUGUUGCCUUCUUUAUCAUCUUUUUAUCCCCCUUCAUUUUGGUGUUUUUUAUUUUACCCAAGUUGUAGUAGUAGUUUUAACUUAGGACUUUCAUGUGUAACCACCAUAGAUUAAUCCUUUUAGUUUGAAACCAUUGCGCCUCGUGGGGCUAUUAUUUUUUUGUGGUGGCUGUAGUUUGGGGUGCUUGAUCAGUUGUAAUCUUCUUAAUUUCUACCUAGAAGUGGGUUCUUUAAUUUUUUC